GGGCCGGGCCGGCCGGGGGUGGGGUUGUGGCGGUGCUUCGGGUGACAACGGUCAAUAAUGAAGGUGGCUGCGGCGCCGCGGCAGGCUCAGCUGCGCCGGACGGGGGCGGCGCAGUGGCUGCGCCUGUAGGACCUCGGGGCAGAAGCGGCGCGAUGGGAACGCGGCUCAGGGAGUGAGGUGGCGGCGGCGGCCAGCAGAACUUCAGCCAGAGGGGCUCUUCCGCUUACCCCUCUGGCUGAUCGGCCUCCACCUGCAGCCCCUCGGCCCCCGCGUCCCGCGGGACCGGGACGGCGACAGCGGGGGCAUGUGGCGCUGGGUCCGGCAGCAGCUGGGUUUUGACCCACCACAUCAAAGUGACACAAGAACUAUUUACAUAGCCAACAGAUUUCCUCAGAAUGGCCUUUACACACCUCAGAAAUUCAUAGAUAACCGAAUCAUUUCAUCUAAGUACACUGUGUGGAAUUUUGUUCCAAAAAAUUUAUUUGAACAAUUCAGAAGAGUGGCAAACUUUUAUUUUCUUAUUAUAUUUUUGGUUCAGCUUAUGAUCGAUACACCUACCAGUCCAAUUACCAGUGGACUUCCAUUAUUCUUUGUGAUAACAGUAACUGCCAUAAAACAGGGUUAUGAAGAUUGGUUACGACAUAAUUCAGAUAAUGAAGUAAAUGGAGCUCCUGUGUAUGUUGUUCGAAGUGGUGGCCUUGUUAAAACUAGAUCAAAAAACAUUCGGGUGGGUGAUAUUGUUCGAAUAGCCAAAGAUGAAAUUUUCCCUGCAGAUUUGGUGCUUUUGUCCUCAGAUCGACCUGAUGGUUCUUGUCACAUUACAACUGCUAGUUUGGAUGGAGAAACUAACCUGAAGACACAUGUGGCAGUUCCAGAAACAGCAGUAUUACAAACAGUUGCCAAUUUGGACACUCUUAUAGCUGUGAUAGAAUGUCAGCAACCAGAAGCAGAUUUAUACAGAUUCAUGGGACGAAUGAUAAUAACUCAACAGAUGGAAGAAAUUGUAAGACCUCUGGGGCCAGAGAGUCUCUUGCUUCGUGGAGCCAGAUUAAAAAACACAAAAGAAAUUUUUGGUGUUGCUGUGUACACCGGAAUGGAAACAAAGAUGGCAUUAAAUUACAAAAGCAAGUCACAGAAACGAUCUGCAGUAGAAAAGUCAAUGAAUACAUUUUUGAUAAUUUAUCUAAUAAUACUUAUUUCUGAAGCCAUCAUCAGUACUAUUUUGAAAUAUGCAUGGCAAGCUGAAGAAAAAUGGGAUGAACCUUGGUAUAACCAAAAAACAGAACAUCAAAGAAAUAGUAGUAAGAUUCUGAGAUUUAUUUCAGACUUCCUUGCCUUUUUGGUACUCUACAAUUUCAUCAUUCCAAUUUCAUUAUAUGUGACAGUCGAAAUGCAGAAAUUUCUUGGAUCAUUUUUUAUUGGCUGGGAUCUUGAUCUCUAUCAUGAGGAGUCAGAUCAAAAAGCUCAAGUCAAUACUUCCGAUCUGAAUGAAGAGCUUGGACAGGUGGAGUAUGUGUUUACAGACAAAACUGGUACACUGACAGAAAACGAGAUGCAGUUUCGGGAAUGUUCAAUUAAUGGUAUAAAAUACCAAGAAAUCAAUGGUAGACUUGUAUCCGAAGGACCAACACCAGAUUCUUCACAAGGAAACUUGACUUAUCUUAGUAGUUUAUCCCAUCUUAACAGUUUAUCCCAUCUUACAUCCAGUUCUUCUUUUAGAACCAGUCCUGAAAAUGAAGCUGAACUAAUUAAAGAACACGAUCUCUUCUUUAAAGCAGUCAGCCUCUGUCACACUGUACAGAUUAGUAAUGUUCAGACUGAUGGCAUUGGUGAUGGGCCCUGGCAAUCCAACCUUGCACCCUCCCAGCUGGAGUACUAUGCAUCUUCACCAGAUGAAAAGGCUCUAGUGGAAGCUGCUGCAAGAAUUGGCAUUGUGUUUAUUGGCAAUAGUGAAGAAACUAUGGAAGUUAAAACACUUGGAAAACUGGAACGGUACAAACUACUUCAUGUUCUGGAAUUUGAUUCAGAUCGUAGAAGAAUGAGUGUAAUUGUUCAGGCACCUUCAGGUGAGAAGUUUUUAUUUGCUAAAGGAGCUGAAUCAUCAAUUCUCCCUGAAUGUAUAGGUGGAGAAAUAGAAAAAACCAGAAUUCAUGUAGAUGAAUUUGCUUUGAAAGGACUAAGAACUCUGUGCAUGGCUUAUAGACAAUUGACAUCUAAAGAGUAUGAGGUAAUAAAUAGACGCCUAUUUGAAGCCAGGACUGCCUUGCAGCAACGAGAAGAGAAAUUGGCCAAUGCCUUUCAGUUUAUAGAGAAAGACCUGAUAUUACUUGGAGCCACAGCAGUAGAAGACAGAUUACAAGAUAAAGUACGAGAAACUAUUGAAGCAUUGAGAAUGGCUGGUAUCAAAGUAUGGGUACUUACCGGAGAUAAACAUGAAACUGCUGUUAGUGUGAGUUUAUCAUGUGGACAUUUUCACAGAACCAUGAAUAUCCUUGAACUUAUAAACCAGAAAUCAGACAGUGAAUGUGCUGAACAAUUGAGGCAGCUUGCCAGAAGAAUUACAGAGGAUCAUGUGAUUCAGCAUGGGCUGGUGGUGGAUGGGACCAGCCUAUCUCUUGCACUCAGGGAGCAUGAAAAACUAUUUUUGGAUGUUUGCAGAAAUUGUUCUGCUGUAUUGUGUUGUCGUAUGGCACCACUGCAGAAAGCCAAGGUAAUAAGACUGAUAAAAAUCUCACCUGAGAAACCUAUAACAUUGGCUGUUGGCGAUGGUGCUAAUGAUGUAAGCAUGAUACAAGAAGCACAUGUUGGCAUAGGAAUCAUGGGUAAAGAAGGAAGACAAGCUGCAAGAAACAGUGACUAUGCAAUAGCUAGAUUUAAAUUCCUCUCCAAAUUGCUUUUUGUUCAUGGUCAUUUUUAUUACAUUAGAAUAGCUACCCUUGUACAGUAUUUUUUUUAUAAGAAUGUGUGCUUUAUCACACCCCAAUUUUUAUAUCAGUUCUACUGUUUGUUUUCUCAGCAAACACUGUAUGACAGCGUGUACCUGACUUUGUAUAAUAUUUGUUUUACUUCCCUACCUGUUCUGAUAUAUAGUCUACUAGAACAGCAUGUAGACCCUCAUGUAUUACACAAUAAGCCCACUCUCUAUCGAGAUAUUAGUAAAAACCGUCAACUAAGCAUUAAAACUUUUCUUUAUUGGACCAUCCUUGGUUUCAGUCAUGCCUUUAUUUUCUUUUUUGGAUCCUAUUUUCUAAUCGGGAAAGAUAUAUCUCUGCUUGGAAAUGGUCAGAUGUUUGGAAACUGGACAUUUGGCACCUUGGUCUUCACAGUCAUGGUUAUUACAGUCACAGUAAAGAUGGCUUUGGAAACUCAUUUUUGGACCUGGAUCAACCAUCUUGUUACCUGGGGAUCUAUUGUAUUCUAUUUUGUAUUUUCUAUGUUUUAUGGAGGGAUUUUCUGGCCAUUUUUGGGCUCCCAGAAUAUGUACUUUGUAUUUUUUCAGCUCCUAUCAAGUGGUUCUGUUUGGUUUGCCAUAAUCCUCAUGGUUGUUACAUGUCUGUUUCUUGAUAUUGUGAAGAAAGUAUUUGACAGACAGCUCCAUCCUACAAAUACUGAAAAGGCACAGCUUACUGAAACAAAUUCAAGUAUCAAGUGCUUGGACUCCAUGUGCUGUUUCUCAGGAGAAGCAGCGUGCACAUCUGUUGGAAGAAUGCUGGAACGAGUAAUAGGAAGAUGUAGUCCGGCCCAUGUCAGCAGAUCCUGGAGUGCAUUGGAUCCUUUCUAUACCAACGACAGGAGCAUCUUGACUCUCUCCACAAUGGACUCAUCUACUUGUUAAAAGGGCAGUAGUACUUUGUGGGAGCCAUUUCAACCCUUUUCUAAAAUUCAGUUGAGCAUCCUGGUAAUGGCCAGGAUUGAAGAGUUCUUUCUGAAACCUCUGGAGUCAUUCAUACCCACUCAGAGUUAUAAUGGCAGACAAACAAAAAAAGCAUUAACAUGAACCACUCUCAACCCCCAUAAUUUGAAUCUGAACAUGUUAAAAUUUUGUGAAUAAAUAGACACUUUUCAUGUCUUGUCUGGGUUGUUCCUGUGCUUGUGGGACUCCAAAUGGCAUUUCAGACUCUUGCUAAGGCCACUAUAUUUUAACAUCAAGGCAGAAAAGAGAGAUAAUCCCUAGUUAAUUGUAUUUUUUAGUAUUAGCUUAGUUAUUGAGUCUUCUAUUUAAAUCUGCUUCUGUAAAUUAUGCUGAAAAGUUUGCCUUGAAAACUCUAUUUUUUUAUUAGAGUUAUAUUUGAAGCUUUUCAUGGGAAAAGUGUGAAUAGUAAGGAAUUUUGGUCCCUCAGUGACACAUGUUGUUAAUUCAUUAGUGCUUUCUAAAUUCAUAGAGAAAAUUAAGACAAUGCGUUUCUAACCAUUAUUUACUGCACUGUGGGUAGUAAAUAUAUACCAAUUCCAAACUUCUCUAAAUGAACCAUAACACAACCAGUAACCAUAUACAUACAAAGGGUAUAUCAUAUCUUACACGUGUAGUAAAUGAAGAAUCAAGUCCAUUCAACAAAUUUCAAAUUAAUGUUUACUAAUAUUUUUAUGUCAGAAUAUGAAGUGGGUAAAUUAGGUAUCAUUAGCAUAUUAUGAUUUAAUGUGUUUAUCAUUGGAUCUUUUGCAUGCUUUAAUACGGUUAAUAUAUUUAAAUUUGCUUUUUUUCCCUCCAUCUGAAGGCUCUGUUUAUAUAUUUUAUGACACUGUUGUAAAGUUCAACUAUAUCAAUAAAACAAGUUUGGACAGUAUUUAAAUAUUGCAAAUACUUUUAAUUAUACAAAUCAAAAUACUGUAGUAAUUAAAUCAAUAAAAAAUGAAGAGCCUCUUUCUGUGGCUUAGAAUUGCUCUUGCCUUUCAGUAAGCUUGAUUUUAGAAAAAAUGAUUUCAUAUAAGAAUCCUGUUAUCUUUAGGUUAGUAUACGUAUCUAAGUUAUAGUGGACGACCACAGUAAAGUGAAAUCUGUCCAGGGUUCCAUUAUAAGGUGUAUUUUCAGGUGUGGCUAUAGAAUAUCAAUGAAACAAAGUCUAAAAUGCUAAAUUUUAUGAGGAAAUAGCAGCAAUAAAUUAAAAUGCUAAGAAUGAUUAAUCAGGUACGUAUUACUGUAUUAACUCACUACACUUCGAAACUCAAUUUCCAUCCUGAGUAUAUCAUGUAGAUCCAUUGUUGUUACUUGUUUUGAUCAACAGUAAUGUUGUUUUAAAGUUUGGAAAUGAUUGUUGGUUUACAACUAUUGCCCAUCUCUAAGCACAUAAUGAUUGUGUACAUAGACAUUUUAAACUAUAUGGAAAUGGUUAAAUACGGUUUUCCCAAAUUUUUCCCUUGAGAGCAUGAUUCCUUUUUGUAGACUUACUGUGUAACCCUCCACCCCUUCCCCAUUUCAUGAAUAUAAGACUUCUUGAAUUGGGCUGAUAGGGAAAGUAUGUUAGAGUCAAGAAUUAAGAUUUUAACCUUGUUCACUGGUAAAACUAUUUUCUUCCUAACAUUUGUCUGUUUCAAUGUAAGGAUAUUAGGUUAUGAAUUUUAGCCUAAAUAUUAAUUUUCAUAAAUAGCCCUUCUUUAAUUUAGAUAUUCCAAAAUUAGGUUUAGGAAGAAACUGUUAUUCUGGAAAUACAUUAAAGGGAUAAUAAACUACAGUGUAUACACUCACCAAUUCAUCUUCCAAAAGAUGACAUAGUGCAGAAAAUAUUCAGUAGUUUAGUGGCAGAUAAUUUGCUUUUCUCAGAAUGUCUUAUUAAAUGUCCAUAUAAGGAAAUGACAGUCAGGAGGCCUGCAUUACCUCUACCUACAGUGUUUAUUUGCCAUCAGCUAAACUGAGGACUGACACUACAGGACUACAAAGCCAUCGAGCAGUCUCUGACCAACUGCAGAAAGCAGGAAGAUCAGCUAACAUACGUGUGGUGCUUAAGGUGUGACUGGUGUCUUUUUUGCAUUCACUAUUUGAACUUAUUUAAGAACUUUAUAUAGAAAAAGUAAAUGCAUCCACUGAUAAUGGUCAUCCUACUCUGUUGUUCAAAACCUAUUCCACUUAAAGGAAGAUUAUCUUGUAAUUGUAAGAAACGUGAUUUUUUUUCUAUUUAUUUAAGAAAGCACCAGUGUUGUCUAUAAGCUUUCAGUAGUUUUCUAAUGGUGAUAUUCAUACUGUGAAACUAUUACUACAUAACCAGUAAUCACAGAAAAUUUCCCCUCUGCACAUUCUUUAAAAUUCUUUGGAAAGUAUGAUGUUGGAAAUGAACUUACUCUUACCUGCCAAAACCAGAGUAAGAUGCUACAUGUAUUAUUGCUAGUUAAUGGUCUCACAUCUAUGCCUCACUUGCUUGCCUUGGCCUAGUCUGAAGGCUGUAGCCCUGAAGAUAGUAGCAAUACUGCACCAAAUCCAUCUCCAGAAUUGCCCGUCAGCUGCUUUAGGUGACUCAGCACCCUGCCUCAGCUUUAGCAAACAUGAGGCUCCCCCUAGGCGGAGUGGAGUGUGGGCCAGGAGAACUGCAGUUACCCAGGCCUGCCGUGGGAUUGAGAAGACAAAGGGAGAGAAUUUACAGUUUGAAUUUAUCUCAAAUACCCUCCUCCUUGGAGCUUAAAUCCAUGAUGUCCAAAGGCUUCUGGACCUCUUCCGAACUCUGGCCCUGUCCUGAGUAGGAAAUUUAAACAGGCACAUCGCCCUAUUUGGAAAUACCUUAGCCCAGGCUCGUUUCUGCUGCAUGAGACUGUGAAAUCGGGUUGUAUGAGAAACUUGAGACCCCUCUGGUAGUCAGGAGUCAAAGCCAGUAAAAAAUUUUAAAAUAAUACCAAAAGUUUGAAAAUAUGCUAUUCUGAAAAGUUAUUGGAGUGUGGGGAAAAAGAAAAUUAUCCAUGUGUUUGUUUUUCCUAUAAAGAUCAAUUUGGAGUAUUAUAUAAGCAGGUAUUGAUAAAACUAACACACCAAAGACUGAUAUAAAAAAUGUUUUAUUAAUUUUGGUCCCCUUUUAGAGACAUUUUCAUUUCUGUCUUGAAAUUAGUCAUCAAUUAUGAAAAUAAGACAUUAUUAACAAUUUGUUUAUGUGAGAUAACUUGAAUGAUGUUCCUACAAAAAAAUAGAUCAUAACUAAUGAUAUGUUUGUAAUAAUGGCGAUUGUUAGAUUUUUAUAAGGAAUUAGUAGCUGGAAAUACUGUAGCAACACUUAGUUUAAAAUACUGGACCUUAGAUACUGUGGCUGUCUAAUACAAUCCUUUAAAUUUUUUCUGAAUUUUCAGUAAAUUUAGUAUACUUAUUGUACAGUUCUCAGUAAUUUUUUAAAGUUUAUGAAAUUAUAUUUAUCAAAUAAAAAUUUUCCUAUAUAAUUAAAA